CAGCGAAACCGAACGCACGCAAGCGAUUUUUUUGUGUGUGUGUGUCAGUUUUCCAUCUUUUGCAGAUUAGUCUGUCAUUCCCUCCGCGUCUCUGCAUGCUCUUUUGACCAUCUGCUCGAGAGAUUUUUAAACACGCGACAAUAAUUCAGUUUGGGAAUAUUGUUUUUUUUUUUUCUACAGAAGCCUUUUUUUGUGUGUGUGUGUCCCUUGGCAGUCAUCUGUCGUUUUAGGAGCAUACACGGGUGUAGAAAAAAAGAAGAAGAAGGAGUUGAAACCUUUCCGUGAUUUUUUGGGGGGAUCGUGUCCCAUAUCUCAGCUGACAACUCUCAGUCAUUAUUGGUGUCGUUACUGGAACAAUUCCUACACAGGUCACCGUGUGAAACGUUCGAGAGACGACAGUACGAGGAGACUACAACAGUUCCUGAUAGAGAAAAGGAAAAAAAAAAAAAAAAACCGCAACCAUCAAACAAAAACAAAUACAUACACAGAGGAACUUCAACAUGAGCUGCACCGUGUUGGGAAACGUGCUGGCUGGUUUGCUCCUGGCGGUGGUGUCGAAAGGGUUGAGCGCACACGGCGCGGAGUUCGCCUACCUGCCCGACAAUAUCACAGUGAUCGAGGGAGAGAGCGUUAUUCUGAGGUGUAAGAUCGACGGCGACGUCACCCACAAAGCCUGGCUCAACCGCUCCAACAUCCUGUUCACCGGGCGGGACAAGUGGUCCCUGGACCCGCGAGUGCUGCUGGUCAACAGCAACGACAGCGACUUCUCCAUCCAGAUCGAGAGGGUGGCGGUGAGCGACGAGGGCCCCUACACCUGCAGUUUCCAGGCCCGCAACCAGCCACGCACCUCCCACGUCUACCUGAUCGUACAGGUUCCCGCGAGGAUCGUGAACAUCUCGCAGGACGUGUCGGUGAACGAGGGCGGCAACGUCAACCUCUUCUGCCUCGCCAUUGGCCGGCCGGAACCGUCCAUCACCUGGAAGAACGCCAAAUACGGCGGAGUGCCGAACGAGGGCGAGUUCCUGGACAUCACGGACAUCCGGCGGCAGCAGGCGCAGGACUUUGAGUGCGUCACCAACAACGGCGUGGCCCCGCCCGACACGCGCCGCGUCAGAGUCACCGUCAACUACCCUCCCAUGAUAACGGAUGUGAAGAACAUGCCGGCUCAGCUGGGUAAGGCUGCCAUACUGCGCUGUGAGGCCAUGGCAGUGCCCACCGCCUCCUUCGAGUGGUUCAGAGACGACCGCAGGCUAGUGGCGAGAGACUUCAACCUGAGGAUCAAGAACGAGAAAACGCGCUCGUUGCUCCUCUUCAACAACGUGACGGACAAGCACUUCGGCAACUACACCUGCUUCGCCUCCAACCCCCUGGGGGUGUCCAACGCCAGCAUGCUUCUCUUCCGACCGGGGGCGGUGUACAGCGGAGGCGCGGGAAUGACCGGAGGUUUGGGGAUCUGCCUGGGCCUGCUCCUCUCUCUCCUGCUGAAGAUCUAGGCGUCUCGCCCCCGCGAAAAAAAAAAAGGAAGGGAAUAUCUUUAACUACGAACCCAUCACUGUGAACAAAAAGAAUAUGCAUUAUUCCAGGAGCCAUCGCUGCAUCGCAUCACAUCCUCCACCCACUGCCUCGUCCAAUC